AUGGAUGAUAAAGCAAAAGAUCUGAAAGAUAGUGGUGAUUCGGCCAAUAAUUCACUCAUCUUAGAGAUUGGCCGUGAUCUCUCAAUGGAGUGUUUAGCGUGCUGUGCCAGGGUAGAUUAUGGUAAAAUUUUGAUGGUGAAUCGUAGUUUCAAGUCCGUUAUCUUAAGGGGAGACGAGCUUUAUAAGCUAAGGAGGAAGUUAGGCAUCAUUGAGUAUUGGGUUUACUUUUCAUGUAAUCAUGCGGAAUGGGAGGCCUUCGAUACAAUUGGGCAUCAAUAUCAGGGUUUACCACCCAUUCCAGCUAGUGAAUGCUUCAAUGUAGUAACAGACUCGUGGGUGGAUGGAGUGACUCCAAACAGCCUAAGAUACCUAUUUGCCUCUGGCAGCCUCGGCGAGAUUGCUAUCGUGGCUGGUGGUUGCGAUUCAGAAGGAAAGAUACUAGGCUCUGCAGAAAUGUAUGAUUCAAAUAAAGGAAUGUGGCGAGCUCUCCCGAGUUUAAAUACACCAAGGAAAUCGUGUUCAGGUGUGGUUAUGGACGAGAGAUUUUAUGCAAUUGGGGGGAUCGGUCUUGGGGAAAAAAGUGUAGACGGUGAAGUUGGCAACCCGAAAGUGCUUACUUCCGGCGAGGUAUUUGAUAUGAAGACAAACCUUUGGGUGGAAAUUCCAAAUAUCCUUCCUGGACACAUUGUAGAGGGAGUUGAUGAGUAUGCUCAUGCAUCCACGAAGUCGCCUCCUUUACUUGCUGUUGUGAGGAAUGAGCUAUACGCGGCAUAUCACGAGGAAAUGCUACUGAAGAAAUACAACAUGAGCAUGAAUGUUUGGACAACAAUCGGUAGGUUACCGGAAAAUGCCUCCUUGACUAAUGGUUAG